AUGGACAGCGCUGCGCCCCGCGAGCCCGGGGCCACCGAGCCCCCCGCCCGCGCGCGCCCGCGCCUGGUGUUCCGCACGCAGCUGGCGCACGGCAGCCCCACCGGCAGGAUCGAGGGCUUCACCAACGUCCGCGAGCUCUACGCCAAGAUCGCCGAGGCCUUCGGCAUCGCGCCCACCGAGAUCCUGUUUUGCACCCUCAAUAGUCACAAAGUGGACAUGCAGAAGUUGCUGGGGGGACAGAUCGGGCUGGAAGACUUCAUCUUUGCGCACGUGCGUGGAGAGACCAAAGAGGUGGAGGUCACCAAAACGGAGGACGCUCUAGGACUGACCAUCACAGACAACGGGGCGGGAUACGCCUUCAUCAAGAGAAUCAAGGAAGGCAGCAUCAUCAACAGGAUCGAGGCAGUGUGUGUGGGGGACAGCAUCGAGGCCAUCAACGACCACUCCAUCGUGGGCUGCCGACACUACGAGGUGGCCAAGAUGCUGCGCGAGCUGCCCAAGUCCCAGCCCUUCACGCUGCGCCUGGUGCAGCCGCGGAGAGCCUUCGAUAUGAUUGGCCAGAGGAGCAGGAGCAGCAAGUGUCCCGUGGAAGCCAAAGUGAGCAGCGGGAGGGAGACGCUGCGUCUGCGCGCUGGGGGCGCUGCCACCGUGGAGGAAGCGCCCAGCGACGUGGAGGCGGCGGCGGCGCGCAGGGUGGACGACCUGCUGGAGAGCUACAUGGGCAUCCGGGACCCCGAGCUGGCGGCCGCCGUGGUGGAGACUGCGCGCAGCUCGGCGGGAGCCCAGGCCUUCGCGCGCGGGCUGGACGCGGUCCUGGGCGAGUUCGCCUUCCCGGACGAGUUCGUGGUGGAGGUGUGGGCGGCCAUCGGCGAGGCCCGGGACGCCUGUGGCUAG